AUGGAAACCCCCAAGCAUCAUAUGGAAGAGUUGGUCAACGGUGGCAGCCAUGCCAAACAUGGCUCGGAGAUCUCAAGAGCCACUUCUCCGGCCGGAACCAUCACCAUGCAGGACGGACAUGCGAACGACGCUGAGAGUCAGACCAAGCGCAACAGACCGCGAACAUAUCCUUACUUUUCCACCUUACCAUACCCCGUGGAAGAUGAGGCUAAGAGACAGGAAGACCUGGCAGAGAUAUUCAAACAUCUUUAUAUUGCCAUCCAGGCUAGCGACUUCACUCCGGGUGCGGUGCAUUGGACCAGGGAACUGCGCAGCUGGCUCUCUCUGAAGUUCGAUCCCACCAAGAAACAGCGUGUGGAGCUCGUCAGACUUUAUUAUGAACUCGCUCUCGCCCCUGGGAUUGAUCCCGGCGUGGGCGAGCGCUUCGCUAGCAUGUUCAUGUUACUGACCAAACGAAAACACUACUUGCGACCCUUGAUCGAUCUAACCCUCGACUGGCGACCGCUCUUCCGAGAGAUCAAAGUAUUCGUGCUACCAAGCGAGUCGGGCCUGAUGCAGACAACAAACCUCAAGAGGAAUAUCAAGACACUCAUUAAGAUCAGUUCAUUCGCCCAACUAUAUUUUGAUCCGGAGGACAUCCCGGCUAUGCUAGAAGAAAUCCUGCCUCAUUUCACAAUGUCUUCAACCGAGGGCGCGUUUGUGGUGAUAGGACUGCUCAAUAUGUUGCUGCCAACAGGACCUCCACCGCCAAAUCGUUCGGAUUUGAACCCCCAGCACUUUCUUCCCACCUUCUUCCACCUCUGGUCCUUGGUAAACCGUUCCCGAACAGUCGAUGUCGCUCUUGUCGAUCUUCUCUCGCGCCUGGCCCGGGAUUCGCUGCCUAGUAAACAAGUCGAGUUCUCCGAGUUUGGGAUCUUCACUGCCGAGCAGUCGACGCUGAUUACAACGGCAGUCCUGAGGUUACUGGAGAUUCCUGUAGGGCAAUCCACCUCGCCCUACAGUGCUCUGGUGGACAUAACAGCGGGCAUGGGAUUUCUACUGGAUCGUGAUUCGCGCAAGCACCCUGUUUCCCACCACAUUGCUCGCUGGUUUGUUAUGUCAUUAUCACCAGCCUGUCUGGAAAAGAAGACUUCGGUUCUUUCUCUCCUCGAGACUCUGAUCCAGGCAAUCGAGACAUUCUUUCACCCCUCGAACUCUGGCUCCUGGACUCGAACCUUAGCCCAGCUUGUAUUCUAUCUGGCCGACUUCUUUGUCAUGCGGUGGAACCGGGAACGCAACGGCGAAAUGGACGUCCCACGGGAGCGGAAGCUCAAUGAAGCACUGCGAAAACGAUUUGUCCUUUGCCUGCGAGAAGUCAUCUUCAUGGGCAUUUAUGCCAAGAGCGGAACGGCGAUGAGCUAUUCGUUGUCAACGCUUCAAGCUCUGGCAUUUUUGGAGCCCGACUUGAUCCUUCCUGGUGCUCUCCAACGUAUUUAUCCCUCAAUGCAAGGGCUUGUCGAGGUGCACCGAACAAUCUCGUCUAUACGGUCAUUGCAAAUAUUAGCGAGGACGAUGAUCAGAACCAAGGGUUACCGUUGCCACAUCACGGCUCUGCUUGGUCUUGCUCUGCCUGGCAUCGACGCCAACGAUCUGGACAAGACUCUAUGUACGUUGUCAUUCUUCGCCAAUGUCUGCUACAAUAUACCCUUCGAGGAUCUUUCCAAGGGUAGAGAGGAUGUCCAAGGUAACAUGCUGGCUAUGGAGUGGAUCACAGGGGAGAUGGAGCGCAUGGAGCAGGAAGGUGCCCAUGUCGAAUUGAAUUAUGCCGCCCUCAACGAAAAAGACGAAGAGUUGAUACUUGCCUCGUCCACCGCCGGGUUUGGAGAGUUCGUUACGUCGUUCUUAGGCCGAGUCUUCACUCUUCUUGAAAAUUUGCCGGAUGCUGCGCGAGUCCGAAGUGGCUCUCCGGAAGAGAACAUUGUCAACACGCUGCCGGCAGCUUUUAUGCCCUUGCUAGCAUCUCUCUCAACGGAAUUGUACGACAUGGCAUUGAACAAAAUUGUUGACUUUGUUGCCAACCACGUCAUUCAUCAAUCGAGAGAUGCGAUGGCCUUUAUCUGCAAUUGCUUGUGCAAGGUCGACCCUGAGAAGGCUCUGGCAAAAUUCGUUCCUGUCUUGAUCAGCGCCAUUCGUACGGAAAUCGAUGAGAAUGGUGCCGGCUCGACUAGGAAUGCUGCUUCCGAUGUCCUGCCUCGGGAUAGAGGCUUGGUCUGGAAUAUCAGCAUGCUGAGUAUGUGCGUGGUUCAUGUUGGCUCCGCAGUCCUGAAAUACAAGCAGGAACUCUUCGACAUCGCCGUGUACAUGCAGCAAAAAUGCAAAGGCAUGCCGACUGUGCACGUUUCCAACUAUGUGCACCAUUUGCUGCUAAACCUCACCGUCACUUACACCGCCGACUAUGCUUUGUAUGAACCGGAGAAGGUUAAGAAUGGAAUAACUGCAGAUCUCUGGGGAGUGGCAGAACCACCAUCAACCAUCAAACCAAAAUGGCAUGUUCCAUGCAAAGAAGAGAUUGAUUUUGCUGUAGAAUUGUUCCAGAACCAAGCUGAAAGCGCAGUACAACAUUUGCAACGUCUGAUCGACGGCUCAUCCAGCAUCAAACGCGACGGCAGCGGUAAGGAAUGGUCGGAUGAAGUUUCGAGGAAUCUCGUUCUACUCCGUCUGCUGCUCGCUGGAGUAUCAGUUCUCUUCGAUUCCAAAGGAGUCAAUGAAGGCCUGACCACGACUGCGGCAGGUGUCGAUGCUAACAACGAUACUUCGAUGUCUCAGGCGAAUGGUCAUGCCCCAGAACAAAGUAAUGAUAUUGUUGAGACUGAUGCUUCCCUUGAUGGUACGGACGAGACAUCAAUCAAGCCCUCUUUCCAGUAUCCUGCAGGCGAGCUGCUAAAGCCGGACGAAGCGAACUACAAGCUUCUUCACCAACUCAGACAGAAGAUUGGUCGUAUUCUGCAUGAUGUCCACGUCUUCCUCACUCGAGAAGGAGAAGACGAUGUCUCAUCUUUUGCUCCGCUAUACACGGCCUAUAGAUCAUGGUUCGUUGAUGUUGGUAUCGAGCGCUCGGCUCACGUCCUUGAUCGAGUUACUCGACUUCUACACGCUGACGAGCAGCCGUACAAAGUGAGCGGAGUACGCAAAGACUACCCUCGCUCAAUUCUCGUCCGACGAGCCAAUGUAUACCACACUCAGAGACUCCGGCAUAAUGCUGCACCCAGACCACGGUCAGAGCUCGACGAACAACUUCUACUAGAUCUCAGCGAGUCUGCUGUCUCUCUAUACACCGAAGUCCGUCGCAACGCACAAAGUGCAGGCGAAUCGGCUCUAAAGGUUAUUUUCGGAGCUCGACUUUUCGUCAUCCCGCCCCUCUUAGCAGCUUUCCAGAAAGCGGUUCAUAUGAACGAUUUCCCCCGAAUCAAGGGCGGACUGUUUGCCUUGCUGUUUGGCAGUCUUGCAAAGACGGUGGGCAGACAUUGGAAAUACACACCAGCUGUCAUAAGAACAUUCAUCGAGGCUAGCACUGCCGACAAACCAUCCAUCCAAAAGCUUUGCAGUGGUGGCUUAUUCCAAAUCAUGGACUACGGCCGACCAGGCGAUCGGAUGGCAAUCAUCGACCGUACAGUCGUUGAUCCAUUUGCUCCCGAGGAAGAUGUUGAUGACAAGAUCUCAAAGAAGAAAGCAUUCAUCUUGAGUAAGCGUGCAAACAUUGAGCGCAAGAAGGCAGAACUUGCGGAAGAGCUCAUCGAGCUGACUCGUGUCUCACAUUGGAAGAAAGCCACUCGUGUAGCGACGCUUGUCAUGUCACUAGGGAUGCGUUUCGACACAAUUGCUUCAGACAGCAUGAUUGAUUUGAUAACUGUGGGCACGGUAGAUCCUCAUCCGGGCUUGCGGGGACUGUAUUCCCAAGGGUUGGUGGCUCUAUUCACCAUGACCGACGUGCGAGCUGUGUGCAAUCACGAAUAUGCCAAUUAUAUCCAGGCGAUUCAAGAGUUUCCCGCGAAAGUCAAGGUCGAGACCCGAGCCGGGGAAGAGUCUUGGACCGAAAACUUUUUGAAGGCUUUCUCUCAGCCCGAGGCUGAUGUCUACAUUGACCAUGAUUAUCCUGGUUGGCUUGUGUGGUCGAAAGACAUGCCUGGCUACAAAGCCAACGUGCAGAACGAUAUCAUUUAUGAUGAACUCGAGUGGAAGAAACGAACUGUGAUUGGCAAGCACCUGGAUCGAGAAUGGUUUGUUACUUUUUUCAAGUAUCUCAAGCAAGAGCCUCGAGACCAAUCGGCAGAUAAGUUCCGCAUGGCCAGUGCGGCUAUGUUGACUUAUGCCUUCGAACUGAUUAUCAGAGACGGUCUAGCCGUGGCAACAUUCGAAGACAUCAAAGAAGAAACGCUGGCUGUUUUCGAGGACGGCAGUGACAAGCACCAGCAUCGUGCAACGGCAGAGAUUCUUGGUGGUUUGGUCACGUCAGUCAUGGAUAACUCUAUUGAGCGACGAACCAUGGUAUGGGAGUUCGCGUUCCCUAUUAUUCAACGAGUCUUCUCAGACGGCCUGACCCCAGAGAAUUCCGGCUACUGGACCACUUUCCUCCACAUGAUCCUUCAGGCGCGGGACCCUCGGAGAGCAUGGCCGUUGGUGGAGUGGCUGACAAGCUUCCGUCUCGACAUGGGAUCCAAUGCUGCCUUUAAAGAAAGCUCAAAGAUUCAUCUGCUCCAUCAAGUAAUCCUGGACGCAGGAUGGCACUUCCAGCUUGAAAAGCCCAUCAUGGAGAACUUCCUAGGCCACAUUGAUCAUCCAUACAAGGGCGUUCGAGAAGCUAUGGCCCAAACACUUGCUGCCAUCACCCGUACUCGAUACCAUGAAUCGUACAAGGAUGUCAAGGAACUCCUCGAAGCCCAGAGAAAGGCAGGUCCCAUUGGAACUCAUCCCUAUCUGCCAACCAAAGAAUUUGAUGAGACGAUGAGCGAGGUUUUCCAGCGCUUGGACAAGUGGCGGCAUGAACGCACUCCCGGUCAACAGACCCCUUCGGCUUAUACAUCUGGGAGCAAAACGAUCCUGUUAUGGCUUGACUCCAUGCUCUCGUCGUAUGAGUGCACCCAGUUGCUGAAAUACUUCCCCGACUUGUUCACAGAACAAUUCUUACACAUGAUGGAUGUCAAGGAGGAUCCAGAGUUGCAGUCUUUGGCUUACCACGUCUUUCGACACCUGCCGAACAUUCCUCAUCGAAUAGGAGAAGAUCAAGCGUUGAUCGAAUCAUUGAUCCGCAUAGGAAGGACAUCUCCGUCAUGGCAUCAGCGUCUACGUGUCAUGAUCAAUAUGCAGAUCAUCUUUUUCAGACGUCUGUUCUUGCUGUCCGAGGAAAGUAAGCAGAAGCUAUUCAACUGCGUGGCCGAUAUGCUCGAGGAUACACAGCAUGAGGUGCGAGCGGGCGCUGCCACAACCCUGUCUGGAAUGAUCCGAUGCUCGCCGCUCGAGCUGCGAGAGAGGAUGAUCAUUCAACUGCGGGAUCGAUUCACGCAAAUGCUCGUUGAUAACCCCUUGCCCAAGAAACCGAAGGGCAAACUAGCGGGUCUGUCAUCGGCCCGGACUUCAGGAACCAACACACCUACUCCUGAAGCACAGCGGCUGGUCAUCGUUCGACAUGCAGCGGUGCUCGGUCUAGGCGCACUAAUUCAGGCAUUCCCUUAUUCAAGUCCUCCGCCGGCUUGGAUGCCCGAUGUCCUGGUCACGUUGAGCAGCAAAGCGGCGAACGAUCCAGCUACUGUUGGCAAUAGCGUCAAGAGUAUCAUUAGUGACUUCAAGAAGACGAGGCAGGACACUUGGCAUAUAGAUGUCAAGGUACGUGUUGCAAUGAGAUGA